UAUCGCGUCUGCUUACGACGAAGCCGCGCUUGAAGCUGCUGCUGCUAGCGUCUCCAACACUGGACAAGAAGCUACAUUCGCCUGGCAAGUCAUGGCGAGGGACCUGCGCUCUCUUCGGGGGCGAUGGAGGAAGCAGCAGCAAGGAGAAGAGAAAGUUCAUAACCAAGGAAGAGGAACCGGAAGAGUACUGGCAAUCGGCCGCCGAGCGUGAAGGUAGAGGGCCAAUGUCGACGCUGUUGCCAUACAUCGUCAUAUUUGGCUUCUCCACUCCCUUCGUUAUCCUGGCGCUGGGAUUUGCCAAUGGCUGGAUCAAAAUCCCUGUGAGGUGAUAGUUAACAAAGUAAUGGGUGUUUAAUUAAAACAAAACUUUCACUAUAUAAAAGCCCUUAGCAGGGUUUAGGUUAGGGCAGUGGCAGAGCAAUGGGCGUCCGGGAAGACGAUGAUUACGAGCGGGACGACGAGGGAGAAGAAGAAGAAGAGGAAGCGCCCGAGAGAUUGGACGAUGAUGACGAAGACGAGGAAGAGGGACAGGAUGAAUACGAGAAGGAUGAUUUUAUAAUCGAUGGAGAUGAGGAAGAGGAAGAGGAACCGGAGGAAGCAGAGGAUGAUGCCCGGCAAGCGACUGACGAGGAAGAGCGAGUCAAGAAGAAGAAACGAAAGAAGAGAGAGCACAAUGAUCAACUGGAUGAAGACGAUUACGAUCUCCUGGAGGAGGCAAGCGUCCGGUUUAAGAGGCCUUCCCAGUCGGAAAAUAAAAAGUUUAAGAGACUUAAGAAAGCGAGAACAGAGGGAGGUGCUGUCGGCCUUUCUGAUGAAGAGGAGGACGAGGAAGGAGGAAGGCGAGGGCGCACAGCUGAAGAGGCCCUUAAAUACACGCUUUUUGGUGAUGAUGAAGGUGUCGCUCCUGAAGAUGUUGCUGAAGAAGAGCAAGGGGAGGAUGACCUCGGCGAAGAGGACGAAAUGGCUGACUUUAUCGUUGAUGAAGACGAGACAGACGAGAAUGGCCAGCUUGUGAGAACUAAGAGGCCCAAAAAGAAGAAGUAUUCCCGGCAAGCACCAGGAAUAUCAUCAAGUGCCCUUCAGGAGGCUCAGGAAAUUUUUGGUGAUGUGUCGCAACUGCUGGAGGACCGGCGCAUACGUGUUUCCGAAGCAGAAAGAGAAGAAGGUGCUCAUGACGAGGAUGAUGCUGGUCGAGGAAGACUUGCGAAGGAAUUUGAACCGAGUGUUUUGGAAGAGAAGUACAUGACAGAAAAUGAUGACCGAAUUCGUGAAACGGACAUUGCUGAAAGGCUUCAGCCCAUGGCUGAAAUUAUCCUCCCACUUCCACAAGCGGAGAUUGCUAGGGAGGCAGAAUGGGUUUACGAACGGGCAUUUGGCAAGUUUGCUCUUCCUGAUCAGAGGCCGGAGUUACAACAUGUUGUAAAUACCGACAAGGUAGAGGUGAUCAAGCAAAUAGCAAACGUCAUACAGCUUCUUCAUGAAGUAGAGGUCCCUUUCAUAGGGAUGUAUCGUAAGGAGAUGUGCAAAGAUCUUAUCUAUGAGGAACAAGAGUCAAUAGACGCAGAUGGGGACGAAGCAAGACCAACUCUUCGGCAUUAUAAAGUGCUUUGGAUAGUACAGUAUUGGGAUAAGAAAUGGUUGCUACUUCAGCGACGAAAGUCGGCCCUUAAAGAUGCUUAUGUAAAGCGUGCUGGUGAUCAGAAUGCCGAGUUUCUUAGUAGGAUACUCGAGUCUCUUAUGGACGCGCCGUCCGAGCAAUGUGUUGACGACAUCGAUGCAAAGUUUAAUCUCUACUGUCCACCCGAUGAAGUUGAGGUCGAGGAAGGGAAGUUUCGACGGCCAAAACGUCGUUCCUUCUACAGUGUCUGCCACCUGUUUGGAGACAAUCUUCUGAACAUGUACAAGAAACACGAGUUUGAUGAUGCUACUUCCACGCCCGAUGAAAUCGCUGCUACCCGUCUAGCAGGAGAAUUCUCCGAUAUUCAAUCUGUGCUUCGUGGAGCGAGGCACAUGGCAGCCGUGGAGAUAAGUGCCGAGCCCGCUGCACGUGAAUAUAUAAGGAACUUUUACAUGGACAGAGCUGUUGUGACCACAAAGCCCACGGUCGAGGGAAAUCGAGUUAUAGAUCCCUUUCAUCAAUAUGCGGACGUUAAAUGGCUUCUGAACAAACCAGUAAAAGCUUUUGAAGAUGGACAGUGGUUGCUGAUACAAAAGGCUGAAGAGGAAAAAUUAUUGGAGGUCAGCAUUGGGAUACCGAAGGAUGCAACUGCUACACUCUUUCAAGAGUUUGAGCCGUUGUAUCUGAGUGAUGGGGUCAGUAUAACAGCUCAGCUGUGGAAUGAGCAGCGGAAACAGAUUCUCAGGGAUGCGGUUUCAACAUUUUUACUUCCGUCUAUGGAAAGGGAGACGAGGGUGGUUUUGACGGGCAGAGCUAAACAGUGGGUGGCUACGAACUGCGCGGAUCAGCUUUGGAAAUGGAUAUCUGUUGCUCCAUAUCCACGGCCAGGUGAACAAGAUGACCGAGAUGAAGAAGGUGCACGUGUGUUGGCAUGCUGUUGGGGGCCGGGAAAGCCUGCAACGGCUUUUGUUAUGCUCGAUUCGGCUGGUGAAAUAAUCGACACUCUUCAUGCCGGUUAUUUGACUGUCCGAACUGGGAGCUAUGAGCAGCAGCAAAGAAAGAAAAAUGAUCAGCAACGUCUAUUGCAGUUCAUGACGGAGCACCAGCCACAUGUGGUGGUUCUUGGAGCAGCCAAUAUGAGUUGCCGCUUCCUGAAGGACGAUAUUUUUGAGCAAGUGAUUUUUAAGAUUGUAGAAGAGCAUCCGCGUGACCUUGCGGACGGCAUAGAUAUGAUACCGCUGGUUUAUGGUGACGAGACCAUUCCUCGGCUUUACGAGUAUUCUCGCGUGUCCGAAGAGCAGCUUCAGCAGCAGCCAGGAAUUGUGAGGCGUGCUGUUGCUCUAGGUCGCUAUCUCCAGAACCCGCUGGCAGUAGUGUCAUCCUUGUGUGGCCCUUCCAGGGAGAUUUUGUCUUUGAAGCUACAUCCUCUUCAAAACUUUCUCACUCCUGACGAGCUGUAUGAAGCAGUGGAGAGGGUGAUGGUGACGGUCACAAAUCAAGUCGGGGUGGACGUGAAUAUGGCUGCGUCACACGAUUGGCUUUUCGCACCGCUGCAGUUUGUGGCUGGUCUUGGACCAAGGAAGGCCGCUUACAUCAAACGCGCUAUUCAGGGUGCCGGGCGGGUGAGCUCACGGAAGGAGAUGCUUACCUCUCUAGAGCUGAUGAAGCGGAACGUUUUCAUCAAUGCCGCUGGUUUCAUCAGGAUCCGGGGCUCUGGUCAAGUUCCUUCUGGGACCCUUGAUCCUCUGGAGGACACGAGAAUCCAUCCUGAGUCGUACGACCUCGCCAAGAAGAUGGCAGAAGAUGCUUACUGCGAAGAACAUGGAGAGACAGCAGACGAAGAAGCACUUGAGCUGGCUGUGGAGCAUGUUCGAGACCAUCCCCGGGUUUUACGGAACCUGGUUAUCGAGGAGUAUGCCAAAGUUGUUCAAGAGAGGGGGGUCUCUGGGAAGAAGCUGGAGACGCUGAUGGAUAUUAAACGUGAACUCCAACAUGGCUACCAGGACUGGCGUGUCAAGUACAUGAGCCCCGAGCCCGACGAAGUCUUCUAUAUGCUGUCGCAAGAAAGCGAAGAGACUUUGUGUGAAGGGAGAAUCAUCCAAGCGACCGUGCGGAAAGUGCAGCAGAACAAGGUGAUGGUGGUUCUGGAAUCGGGGCUGAUAGGAUUUAUCAGGAGGGAGGACUUGUCAGAUGACCGGGACGUUGAUCCGGCCGACAAGGUGGCCGAAGGUAGUAUCCUCACCUGCAGGAUCAAAGAGGUUCACAAAGCCAAGUUUCUAUUGGAUUUAACGAGCAAGGGAAGUGAUUUAAGAGGAGAUCACUGGAUACCGGGGCGGCCAAGAGAUCGCUACUAUCAGGUGAACCCGACUUUCUUCCAGGAUGAAGAAGAGAAAGCAAGGAAGAAAGUCGAGGAACAGAAGCACAAGACAUUUAAGGCCCGGAUGAUUGUCCAUCCUCAGUUUCGAAAUAUAUCGCUGCUAGAGGCCACGCAGUCACUGGCUGACAAAGAGAUUGGCGACGGGAUCAUUCGCCCCAGUAGCAAAGGACCGUCUCACUUGUCAAUGACGCUGAAGUUCUAUCCUAAUGUGUUCACUCACAUAGAGAUAGUUGAAGGUGGUAAGGACGUGAGCAGCAUGACAAGUCUCCUCCGCCUUGGGAAAACGCUCAAGAUCGGAGAAGAUACGUUUGAAGACCUGGACGAGGUUAUUGCUCGCUAUGUCGAUCCUCUGGUUGGCCACUGGCGAGAAAUGUUUCGCUAUCGGAAGUUUAAGCAGGGGACGAAGGAGGAAGUAGACAACAUCUUGCGAGCUGAGAAGGAAGCAAACCCGGCUCGCAUACCAUACUACUUCUCGGUGUGCUACGAGCACCCAGGAGUCUUCACUCUGUCCUACCUCAAGAGCAUCAACGUCCACCACGAGUAUGUCAGCGUUUCUCCCAAAGGCUUCCGGUUCAGGCACAGAUACUUGGACACCCCAGACAAGCUGGUGGCAUACUUCCAGAAGCACAUCAAUGAUCCCGUGCCCGAGGCUCCUCCACGGCGUGCUGCCGCUGCUAUGGUACCGUCUGGCGACCCCAGAAAAGCUGGCAGCAGAGGCUGGACAGACAACAGAGGUGGUGGCUCUUCGAGAGGGGGAUGGGACAACUCUCAAGGUGGUGGUGGUGGUGGUGGUGGCUAUGGAAGAAGCGGCGGUGGAUGGGAUCAAGAUAGACGAGGCGGAUGGGAUCGCGAUCGAGAUAAAGGAGCUGCUGCCGCUGCUGCUGUUCCUGCUGGCGGAGAUCACUGGUCAUCCUGGUCGAAGGGUGGUAACUGGGGAGCUCAACAACAACAGCCACAGCACCAUGACAAUGGAUGGGGGCAACAGCAGCAACAGCAACAAACUGACGAUGGAUGGGGGGGGAGCUCGGGUGGGGGAGGCGGAUGGUAGCUCUUCGAUUUGGCUGUGUAAAUAAUCAACUUAUAGAGAUCGGUACGUGACUUGGAAAAGUGAGUACAUUCCCGAGAAAAAAAAAAGAAGAUCAAAGCGAACUCGCCUUUUUUUGUGAUUUGAUCUUCGGAUAUAUCACAGCCAUUCUCUCGGGUU